GGAAAAGGUACGAGCCGAGGAAGAGGCCGACGAGCGCCGUCGAGCAUAUCUUGUGCAGUUACAGCACAGAAAUGCGGCAGUGGCGGCGGCCCAGCACCGCCUGUCAAUGGCUGCUCGACUGCCACCGGAACCACCAGCACCAGGCAGUCCUGCGGGUGAUGCAUUCUUGGAGCAACCAGCUGGUCGACUGGGAAUCGCCACGCUGAGAUUCCGGUUGCCGCGUGGAAUUACACGGCUGCCACACGAGACAAAUCCUGAUCACAAUGCUGGUGAACGAGGGUCCAGUGGGAGCGGAGCCAGAUCAGAAGCAUGUUCACAACGGGCAGAAGAGGAAGCUGAGCGUGAACGAAAGCUCGAGCUGGAGCUGGAGGGGGAGCGUGAUCGUAUGCCCAUUCUGCAGAAGGGUGGAUUAAUCACGCGUCGGUUCGCUGGCACAAACACUUUGGAAGAUAUUCUAGGCUACAUUGAGUCGCUCGGCUUUCCAGUUGACGACUUCAAAUUGCUAACCACGUACCCUUCUCGAGAUGUGCGUUUAAUCCUUUUUCCUCCUCUUUUUAUCUAUCUAAUUUGGAAUAGCACUACGAUUAGCUUAAAUAUACACUUGCGUCUACAUGUUCAGUGA